AGAGGCUCCAGAGCGCCUUGCAGCUGGGUUGCUUCUCGCGUGCCCCUUGUGAUGGGAGGAUUAGAUCGCAGGCUCCACCCUACGUCAUCCUCCCAAGCUUCUCAAGCGUCUGGCGCUUGGGGUCACUGCCCCCAAGGAGGCACUUGGAGGGGGGGAUGGCGUCCACUCCGAUGGGGAAUGAGAGGGAGAAGAAGAGCAGCUGGCCGUCUCAAACUGCACCCUCCUUGAGAGGAGGUCCGGCUUCGUUAUCUCGUUCUGAGGAAUACCUGUCCCGGAUCAGUGCAGAACUCACCGAGGAGGCUUUGUGCACUGCUUGCUGCCACUUGAACCCUGUGCCCAUCAAAAAACAGCAGUCACAAGACCAAGCGACUCAGAUAUCCAAACGCGAAACCGUACCUGCAGCAAGGCACACCUCCUGCCAACUCCUGGUGAAAAGAACAUGCCUCAAAACUACUCUUUUGCCACUUGUUAACCACUUCCAUUUGUGGGGACCUCCUGGUCAUGAGCAGCAUCAUCCCGAAGCCUUCAAAGUGUUCUGGAUUCAUCACAGGACCCUCCAGCCUCAGCGAGCAAGGACACCAACAGGAAUGAAAGCGCUUUAAUAAAGAGACAGGGUGUGCA